ACGCCUGCGUCCUCUCUGGACGAUGCGCUCUGUGUACGCCCAUUUCCCCAUCAACGUGGUCAUCCAGGAGGGAGGCGCGUUGGUCGGGAUCAGGAACUUCCUGGGAGACAAGUACAUCCGCCGUGUUCGCAUGAGAGCUGGUGUGGGAUGUGCUCUGUCGACGGCCCAGAAGGACGAGUUGGUGCUGGAGGGCAAUGAUGUGGAGCUUGUGUCCAACUCAGCGGCUCUGAUUCGACAGGCCACCACAGUCAAAAAUAAGGAUAUCAGAAAGUUCUUGGAUGGUAUUUAUGUUUCUGAGAAAGGAACAGUAUUGGAACGUCAGGAUUGAAGGCAGAAACAACUAGAGCUGCCUUGAUCCAGCAGGCCACCACCGUCAAGAAGAAGGACAUCAGGAAUUUUCUGGACGGAAUCUACAUCAGCAAAAAGAC